AUGGUGAGAGGACUCCAUUCGUUGGUGCUAGCUCCGCUUGUGACUGUCAAGGGUGUAUGGAUUCUUCUGCUGCCGCUCGUUGAUGCCGUCCGAGCAGCCCGAGAGGGGCGAGCCGAUGUCGGACUUCUCGAGCUGGAACACCAUCAUGCCGAAGAGCAAAUGCAGCAGGAGGAGAUGCAUACCAACCUUCAGCAGCAGACGCAUCUGACAAGUCUCGAGCACGUGGCAAACUCUGCGGCUGCUGGAGAGUUGCUGAUAUUCCGAAUGUUGACAGGGCAGCCGAAACAGGACCUCUGGACAAAGGGCUUGGCUGGAUACAACGUGAGCCGGACGUUGGAUGCGUACCACAUCAACUCCGCGGGCAAGCUGCACCAGGCGGUCGCUGCAGCGGCGGACACCCGAUGCAUGGGCCGGCUGCUCCUGGACUCAGAGCACAGGUGCCACAAGGCAUUCCCAGUCUACGACCUGAUGCUGACAACGCUGCUUGUGAUGUUGAUGACAAGCCUGGUGUGCUGUGGCUGCUGUUGCGGGCCUUUUUGUCAUGGUCCGGUCAAGACGUACAGCCUCCGCAUCAAGUCGGGCAAGGAAGCAUUUGCUUGCACUGGAGUGCACAGCGGUACGUCGCGUUUCGGCCCGAAAGAGAAGCUAGCAGCACAUGCGGAUGUGCGCUCCAGAAAUCUCAGAAUGAGGUCCAGCAGUUUGCUCGCAUUGGUCUAUGCCACUUUGGUGGCCAGCGCAGAGGAGAAGUUGGUGGGUGAAUUCGGCCAGGAGGUUCUCGGUUGCCGCUGCGCAGGAGGCAAGACCACCCAUGGAAACUGCGGUUAUCACUUUCAUUUCAUGUCCAACGAGGACAAGCCCUGGUGCCGUACGAAGUUUGGCUGCGGGCACUACUCCAUCAAAGGCAAUUGGGUCUACUGCGACCCUCGGGGAACAGAAAGGCGGCGUGCCGAUGAUGGCAAGCUCUACAAUGCGCUGGAUUUCAAAAAGUUCUACCCCAAGGAUGGAAAGGAGAAGUGGGCCGCCGCGGCUGCCUACGAGGAGACUCGCAUCGCCAGAAAUGGCAAGGCAUACAAGGCUAGCGAGUUCAGGGACUACUACAUUGACUACUUGGGCGAGGAGGGCUGGUUGACUGAGUGGACGGGCGCACAGGAGGAAACCCGCAAGGCCAAUGACGGCAAGUUCUACACAUUCGACCAAUUCGUUGAGCACUAUGGCAAGGACGCGGUAUGGAAGAUGUGGGAUAGCGCCACCAAGCGUCGGCCAGAGCUGUGA